GUAGCGGAGGAGGAGCUGCACUUGCUCGGAAAGCAGUUUACACACACGCGCGCGCACGCACACACGCGCAAUCUGGUGAAGGAGCUCUCCCACAGCAGCAAGGAUGAGGGGUGUAUUCUCAGUAACGAUCAUGCUGCUCAUGACUUUGACCAUUGCUGUGGAAGCCAUAAAGACAAAAGACAAAGGGAAGGACAUGAAAGUAGAGAGUGACUGCUCUGACUGGCUAUAUGGGAGAUGUGUGCCCAACAACGGAGACUGUGGCGUAGGUGUUCGUGAGGCCACCUGCAAUGAGCUCACCAGGAAACACAAGUGUAAAGUGCCAUGCAACUGGAAGAAAGACUUUGGAGCUGAUUGCAAGUACAAGUUUGGCCGUUGGGGGGAGUGUGAGGCAGGCACUCGAAGCAGGACUGGUGUCCUGAGGAAAGCGCUGUUCAAAGCUGACUGCCAGGAGACCAUUAAGGUGACCAAACCUUGCAAUCCAAAAAUACCCAAACCUAAGGGUGGUGAGAAGAAGGCAAAGAAAGGGAAGGAAAAUUAAGUAAUCCAGUGUGACAACCUUUUCCCAGCCUUUAACUGGAAUGGCGCUUAAUCUGCAAUGAGGGGGAAAAAAAUUGUCACUCUAUCUAUAUUUGAUUCUGUCUUAUGUUGGUACAAUUGUGAUUGUUUCCGUUGUCAUAUUUUUAAAUACAUUCUGUAGGAAGCUGAUAACUGUAAUUUACUUUACAUUUAUAAAUAGAGAAACACAGAAAACCGUGAUUUACUAAAGAUGCAUGUCAGUAUGGACAUUUAUUAUUAUUAUUAUUUUUGGCCCUUGAAAAUUUGAUUAGUAGAGAUAUGAUUUAACACAGUGAUCAACUGGAUCCAUAUUUGUACAUGUCAAAUAAAAUAAAAGCCUUCAAUUUUUAGUACACUUGCAAUAGUAGACGAGUUGCGUAUCUAUGCUUAUCAAUGUUUCUAGAUUUGUAAUCAAUGUACAAUCAACAUCACUAACGGAUUCCACUUCAGGUCUAUGAAUAAAUAAGAAAAGUUGGGUUUUUUUUUUCAAUGUCAUUCUCUUUUGCAUUUUUUCCCCACACAAAUACAUACAGGCUGCAGAAUUAACCGUCACGUUCUUUGUACACAUUUUUCAAAUGAAUAGUCAGUAUUGCAUGUACUUUUUGCAAACUGCCUCCUUUUUCCUAACCUCAUGACUUUACUCACCUGACUUCUGGAAACUCUGUGCGGAACUACAGAUGAAGAGGAAAAUUGAUAGUUGCAGUACAAUUCGCUCUGGCACUACUGUUUGUGAAAUCAGUAGUUGGUCUUUGGUUCUCAAGUGAGAAUGUAGAACAUGAUCUCUGUGCGGUGUCUUUCAAUCAAACUAGAGAGAUGAGGAAGGGUUUGCAGGUUGUGGAUUCAGUGUGUGCUGCCGGGUGGUUUGUCUUCAUACAAGUAAACAGCCACCUCAAACUGUAAACACAAUCAAUUUUUGUCAUCUUAUCCGUAUGUAAGCAACACAAGAAUGAUUUAAAUCCUCUAUGAAAAUAAGCAAAAAUGAAUAGUAACAUUCAA